CUAGCUCGUCUCAUGGGCACCGCGCGCCUCUUUUCCACCACUGCAGCACCACAAUUCCCAAAGCUCAAGACCCAUCAGGGGGCAAAGAAGAGGUGGCGGUCAAUGCCCUCUGGCGUCUUCAAGCGGGGGCGUUCAGGACGCGGUCACUUAAACGUGUCGAAAACGCCUAGCCGGAUAAACGCACUUGGUCAACCUGCCUACUCCAGCCCUUCACAAACCGCACGGCUCAAAAAGAUACUCCCGUAUGGUUCA